AUGGACUACGCCCGGCUUCUCGGCAAGGACGUGGUGCAGGAGAUCCACGCUCUUUUCACUGAGGCAAUUGACCCGGCUGAUUUCCUGGCAAACUUGGCCAAGGCGUCAGAGCCCCUCUGGAGACCCCAUCCAGCUCCAGUUCCUGGAAUAGAUCGUAUCUUCAGAUACGGGGUUCACCUUUUGGGAGAGGCUGUGGACUACCGACCCGACGAGGCGGAGACAAAACCGUCAAUUGUGGAGAACGAGGUUUCGGAGGAGGAGGAUAUCACCAGUCAGUCGUUGGCGACACAGACCGGUCAAAGCCGCCAGAGCGUCCAGAUCGAAAGGGAAGAGCCUGAAGAAAAAGAGGAAAGACGCCUGCUGGUGGUGAGCAUUUCCGAAGAUACCGUGGAACUGCCGCCAUUGGGUGAGCUUGACGUGGCAGCACGAAACCAGCUUGUUACUAGGAUAGCCCUGGUGUUACGUCUAUGGUUUGGGAACCUCUGGGAGGCUUCCAAGAAAAACAAUUUGGAUGCGGUGGGCAUUGUUUUUGACGUUCCAGAUUCAAGGGGCCGCUUGACCGAAAAACACCUCGGGGAGCUUCUUCUCCGUGUUCGUUGGUUCAUGGACGCUGUCUUGGCACUUCCUACAUCCCACAUUGGCUACCUAGGCUCGUUUAAGGAGCUCAUUUUGUUGAUCCACGAGAUCCUCCGUGGCUUGUACAAGGCAAUUGCGUUGGAGCGGGACAAGCCCGGGCUGAGGCGGUUUCUUAUUGUGAAAAGUGUGCUCCAUUCCUUCUUUAAAGUGGACUUCUCACGCACGCUCGAUACUAUCAACACCCAGACAUGGAAAAGUACCGAGCACCCGACGUCCAAGGACGACAUUCGUCUUUCGUAUGAGACAUUGAUGCAGCUCUACGUGAUCCAGGGCUCCUUGGCCAGCAGUCCGUUGAGCAUCUUGCUUCUUGAUAAGAUCUCCUUGUCGUUGGACAUCACCACCAUCAAAACGACAUCGCCUAACAUAUACACCAAUUACCUCGGCCACAAGGACUUUUUGGACCCUGACGUGCUUGGUCCUUAUGUUUCACGAAUCGUUCCCGUGUUGGCUGCAAACUUUAACUACUUCUACGGCCUCAUGGACGAUUUGCUUUCACACAAACUCAACCACUCGUCGUUCUUUUCGUGGAUCACAGGCCACAAACUCACCGGCAGCGGGUACAUGUCGGUGGACACUGUGGAGCAGGUGACGAAUUUUAGCAAAAACUGCAAGAACCUUAGUUCUGUGAACAAGUUGAAGCAGGAUCCAUUGCUUGAAGAGAUUCUCCGUUAUGAAUGCACAUCUCGUCUCAAUGCCGUGGGUGUCAUUUAUGCAGAUGACGAACGGGCCUUAAGGUCCCCUGGUUUCUUGAACGUGACUUUGCUUCUCUACUCGUUGCUGCUGAAUACCUCCUUUAUGAAAGUGUUGACCACUCAACAGGAGGAAACCACGGAAUCGGUGUCGAUCUUGCGUCUUUGGCUCUGCGUCUCAUCGUAUGUUCUUCACCAUCAGGUGAGACUGAAGAUCAACACAUUCAGCGCUAGAUUGGUGCUCCUUAUUCUUCUCAAGCUCGUGCUGAGGAAGGCUGGUAACAUGGAGCACCUCAAGGCGUUGACCAUCAACGAAUUCAAAUGGAAGUUGUGUCACCAUAGAUCGCCUGUGGUCCCGGAUGACUUGGGCGGUAGGGGCGACAAAAAUAUCCUUUUGUAUAUCAUUGAUGUGUUGCAAAUUGUCUUGAGGUUCAACUUGAACAAGAAGCUCGACUUGGACAAUUGCAAGAUCGCCUUGACGGUAUUGUACCACAUCCUUCUUGAAUUCGAGGAGGCCCAGGUGGACAACAUUGGCGCCUACAGGUGGGUGGAGCUCUAUAAAACAUUGAUUUCCUUCGUCAAGUUUGUUGCAAAGAACUUCAAUGAGGAGGACUCAAAAUACGUUGUGGAGGAGGUGUUCCUGGUGUUCGACCUCAUUCUCGGCCCACUGUACGACGGUAUAUUCGAGAUUGCCGAGGAUUCAUGGAUCUUUGGUUCCCAUCUGGUGAAGCUGGUCAAGUACGAUUUGCUCCUUACAAUGCUUCAGAGUUUGCAGCCAAUUGCAGCCAUCUACAACCGCUUCAUAACCAAAAAGGAAAACUUCCAAAGAGUCGAUGCCUACUUGGAAGCACUCAAGAGAGAAUUUGAUCUUCUGGAAACACGCGAGCGUGAUUUCUACGAGGUUAACGCCAAACUCAGCAAGAUCACCCUGAUAUUAGGCACCGAGCCUAAGGAGAAUGAGAAGCCGCCGCUUACAACGGUGCUGUUGGGCGCCUUCAACUACGCAGACACCUUCAAGUACUUGGACAGGUACCAAGACUACGUUGACUUUGACAAGCAAGUGGAGAUUCUCGACAUGUUUGCCAUUUUGUAUGACUUUACGUGGGUGAGCCGCCGAAAGAAGUAA